AAAUAGGGAGGAGGAAGUUCAGUUUUGCCGCGAAAGCAGUGGUCAGCCCCAUUGUUUGCAGAAGUCGACGGCUGCGGGAUUUUAAAUUUGAAUAAUAAUCUAUUUUGCUUGCAAAAUGUCUGGAUUUGACGACCCUGGAAUUUACUAUAGUGCCAGCUUCGGAGGGGGCGAACAAGGCCCAGAUGAGGGUGGACAGAAGCGAAUUCAGAUCAAGAAACGGUUCCGUGAAUUUCUCCGACAAUUUAGAGUAGGAACCGACCGAACUGGCUUCACAUAUAAAUACAGAGAUGAGUUGAAGAGACACUACACCCUGGGAGAGUACUGCAUUGAGGUGGAAAUGGAGGACCUCGCCAGCUUUGACGAGGAUCUUUCCGAUUGUCUGUACAAGCUGCCUUCAGACAAUCUGCCUCUGUUGGAGGAGGCUGCCAAGGAGGUAGCCGAUGAGGUGACGCGUCCACGUCCAACCGGAGAAGAAACUGUGCAGGACAUUCAAGUCAUGCUGAAGAGUGACGCACAUCACGCUUCUAUCCGAAGCCUUAAGUCUGAGCUGGUGUCUCAUCUUGUGAAAGUACAUGGCAUCAUCAUCUCAGCCACCCCUGUGAAGGCCAAGGCCACCAAAGUGUGUCUGCAGUGUCGCAGCUGUCGUCAUAUCAUCAACAACAUCCCUUUGCCUCCGGGCCUACAGGGCUACGCGCUUCCUCGCAAGUGCAGCAACACAAGUAACACAGCAAAACUGAAGUGCCCCGUGGACCCUUAUUUUAUCAUCCCGGAUCGCUGCGUUUGUGUCGACUUUCAAACCCUCCGACUGCAGGAAUCUCCAGAUGCUGUCCCGCAUGGAGAAAUGCCUCGGCACCUUCAGCUCUACUCUGACAGGUACCUGUGUGACCGUGUGGUCCCAGGGAACCGAGUAACCAUCAUGGGUAUCUACUCUAUCAAGAAGACAGCUGCUGUGAAGGCCAAAGGAAAAGAGAAGAGUGCUGGAGUGGGAAUUCGUGCAUCCUACCUGAGAGUGGUCGGCAUCCAAGUUGACACGGAAGGCGCAGGUCGUGGUGCUACUGGAUCAGUGUCUCCACAGGAAGAGGAGGAGUUGCGCUCGCUGGCCGCUUCUCCUGAUGUUUACACUUCCCUGGCUCGCUCCGUUGCUCCCUCAAUCUACGGCAGCGAAGAUCUCAAAAAAGCCAUCACCUGUCUGUUGUUUGGUGGUUCAAGGAAGAGACUGCCUGAUGGUCUCACUCGCAGAGGAGACAUCAACCUGCUCAUGCUUGGAGAUCCUGGUACAGCCAAGUCUCAGUUACUCAAGUUUGUGGAGAGAUGUGCGCCCAUUGGGGUUUACACUUCAGGAAAGGGCAGCAGUGCUGCUGGUCUUACUGCUUCUGUUUUGAGGGACCCGGCCACACGUGGGUUCAUCAUGGAGGGUGGCGCCAUGGUUCUGGCCGAUGGCGGCGUUGUCUGUAUUGAUGAGUUUGACAAGAUGCGAGAAGAUGACAGAGUUGCCAUCCAUGAGGCCAUGGAGCAACAGACCAUCUCCAUCGCCAAGGCUGGCAUCACUACCACUUUGAAUUCUCGCUGCUCUGUGCUGGCUGCUGCCAAUUCUGUGUUUGGCCGCUGGGAUGACACCAAGGGGGAGGAGAACAUUGACUUCAUGCCCACCAUCUUGUCUCGUUUCGACAUGAUCUUCAUCAUCAAAGACUUGCAUGACCACCAGAGAGACAUGACACUAGCUCGUCACGUUAUGAACGUUCAUCUGAGUGCCCAGACGCAAACUGAGGCAGUCGAGGGUGAAAUUACGCUGGCCACCUUCAAGAAGUACAUUGCCUUUGCCAGAACUAAAUGUGGCCCUCGUCUCUCUGCUGCUGCGGCCGAGAAGCUGAAAAACAGAUACGUGCUGAUGAGGAGCGGCGCAAGAGAGCACGAGAGGGAAACCGAUAAGAGAGCCUCCAUCCCAAUCACUGUCAGACAACUGGAGGCUGUGGUGCGUAUUGCGGAGUCAUUGGCCAAAAUGAAGUUGCAGCCUGUCGCUGGAGAAGAAGAAGUAGAUGAAGCGCUGCGUCUCUUUCAAGUUUCCACACUGGAUGCCGCACUCUCCGGCAGCCUCUCGGGUGUGGAAGGUUUUACUACUCAAGAGGACCAGGAAAUGAUUUCCCGCAUUGAAAAGCAGUUAAAGAGGCGCUUUGCAAUUGGCUCCCAAGUAUCUGAGCACAGUAUCAUCCAAGAUUUCACCAAACAGAAAUAUCCCGACCACGCCAUCUACAAAGUCCUUCACCUGAUGUUGAGGAGGGGUGAGCUUCAGCACCGUAUGCAGAGGAAAGUGCUCUACAGAGUCAAAUAGACAAUUCAUUGGCAUAUGUAAGUAGUUUGAAGUCCUCACAUGAUCAUCUGAGCUCUUGAAGUCAUGUAUCAACUUUUGAGGCAAGAUUGUUGCUGUUGCGCUGCCACGGGUGUUUUUGUAGUACAAAAAAUGCAUUCCCUGUAAUUAAUUACUAUUUUGAAAAUCCUAAAUAAAAAAUUCUAAUGGCAAA